CUUCAAACCACUUACGGAGAUUACCAGGGGAUCUUGUCGAUUGAUCUUCAUCUUCACAUCUGCGUACCUACCUUAUUAUAACUUACAUACUCACCUGCAGAAUAUCAGCAUCAAAUUAACAACGUCACCCUAGCAUCAACCACGUAGGAUCCAAGUUUCCCGGGGCGGAUUAUGCAUCGUUAAACAAACGCCGACGCCUACACGACAGAUCACAGCCUGGCCGCUUCAGCCUUAUUGUCCUGAGGAACCUUCUCUUCUACACCUUUGGUCUGUUCCUGCACGCAACGACCCGCCACACUCCACUGGUUAGCGAGACGAACACGAACUUUUCUUUCACUUUCUGCGAAUUUCCCGCACUUCCGUACGCUCUCGGCUGGCAUCAAGUUUGGGAACAUCCAGCAGGGGGCAGAUGCCGCCAUUCGGAGUUGGCUCAAUCUCCGGAUGAGCGCCCACGAGAUGGCCCUCCUCCUGGAGGGCGACCCCAUGAACGUCGACGGGGCCAUUGAGGGCAUGCAAGGGAUCCAGGGGAUCCAGGGCAUUCAGGGCAUGGACGGGAUAGGGGCCAUUGAGGGCAUGGAGGGUGCCAUGGCUCUCGACGAUGUCGACUUAUUCGGCGAUCCUGUGAUGGACAACGCGCUCGCAGCACUCCCCGCUCGCUCGCCGCCGUCGAAGCAACUUCUUCAGCGCCUCGACGAGCUGCGCACUCGCGGCUGCUGCCAGAGUAUUGCUUGGUCGCGUCAAGGCACCAUCGCCGUCAUCGCCAAGGACGGCAUGUCGGUCGAUUUCCGCUUCCUUCGCUGCAGGCCUGACGACGGCGAAUGGGAGCUGAGCGAGCCGAGCUCCUUGUGCCCUGUCUCGCAAUCCGCCUCUGCCACGACCCAGAGCCACCCCUCUGAACCGCUCUCGCUGGCAUCGGCCGGUGCUCCUUUCGUCCACCUGGCCUGGGGACCACAGGCGUUCCCGGACCUCGCCGCCAUCGAUGCCCUCGGCCGCAUCACCAUCAUGGGGUUCUCCAUCACCCUCAACCGCCCCUAUCCCAUUGUCCGUCGGUGGGAUGCCGACGUGGUCGAUGAUCUCCAUGCCGUCGUCGGCUGCUACUGGCUUCCCCUGGGCCUGCAGCCUAAUAAGCCGUUCAACGUCUUCCAUGGCCCGGCUACUAGGGCGCAGAACGGCGAUUACAAGUAUGACCAUCAGUUUUACCCUGCUUCUGGCCCUUGGCACCCUAGCUCUUCCAAAAGCUCCUUCCUAUGUGUCACAACGAACGGCACACUCAAGCUCUUCUUUCUUCAGAGCAACGGCCGUCUAGAAGAGACAGCAAUCGAACUCGAGAGCGUGACGUCUUCUGAUGAUCUCAUCACUCAUGCGUCAAUAUGCUCCGAUAAGAACACGCUUCUGCUCGCUCUUGCGACCUCCUCUAAGCAGUUGAGGGUUGUGCGUGUCAACCUUCAGUGGGGCCUGCCUCAGGUUGACAAACAAGUGCCUCCCGGGAGCGUUCCCUUGAGGCCAUCGCUGAAGGAAAGCCAUGUCGCCGUAACCAACUGGAUCCAACACGGCUCCAGCGAGUCGGCUCUGGAUGCGUCCAUGGCUCUGAUCUCGCACAUUGAGAUCCUCCCUGCUACCGUAGAGGCCAAGCUUAUGGCGCCCCCGGUUGUUCUAACGGUGCGGUCAUACGUUCCACAAGACGCGGCUUCUUACCACCAGGAAAGCCAAAGUAUCAUUGAUCGUUGGGAGGUCGUCAGCGAUCAGCCCCAGUCCCUUCAUCCGGCCUUCGAGCAGCUGGCUUCUAAGGAAGGCGCCGGGACUACUCCUCCGACCAUGACGCGCCUGCGCAAACUUGACCCGAUAAUAUUCCCCAAAAUCGUGGUAACGGUGCACACAAUACAGUUUGGCCGAGUCCUUUGCUUUGCCUUCAGCGAUGGCACGGUGCAGUACAGGGACCGCUUCACCAUGAAUGAGGUCUAUAAUGAACAGAAUGUCGACAGCAUCACGAGUCCACUUCAAGUCGGAUUCCGGUUUACCAACGACACACCAUGUCUUCAGGUGGCCUUCUCACCCACGAACUGCUCCUUUGCCCAGCUGUGCGAGGACUGGACGGUCAAAUGGAACAGACUACACUACCCCACGGAGGGCCCUGGCACUGUGCUCGAAGGGCGUAAGUUGUCAACAGGGAGCUCGAUAUCUCGGACCUGGUUCCCACAUGCGCUGACUUUAGCUUUAGCCCAGCAAAAGGCUAUCCUGGCAGCGCUGAGCAUCGCAGCAUCCACGACGGGCGCCUAUCAGAUCACAUGCGACGAUAUCCUGGCCGUCGCCCGGCCAUUCACCCACAUACCGGACUUCGCUUAUUCUUGGAUACGAGAGAUGGUUAACGUGCUCAAGAUUGUCGUCGACUACUCCGAAGAGGCCCAUCAUGACCUACUAGUCCGAAACACGUAUCUGCAGUCAUGCCUCAGCAUGCUAAGCCACCUCGGCUUCCAGGGAGACUUUAAGCCCCGGCCGUUUAGCGCCAAGUUCGCCAUGCUCGCCCUAAACGCGAGGAACAUCGUCGUGCUCAUCACCGUUGCCAGCAACACCCCAGUCAACAUCAAGGAGAAGCUAAACCCCCUGGACGACCCUGAGGUGGUAGACUCGCUAGCGGGAUGUGGAAAAUGGGGCGUGGACCUGCUCGCGUGGCUCGCAGAUCGGCUCUUUGGGCUUCUCAAGGACCCGGAGAUCAUGGCCAUGCUGGAGGACAAGAACCGCUUUCCCGAGCUUACGAGGUAUCUCCAGUCCAAGAAGGAGGUCUCGUUGCACCUGUUGCUCUGCUCCUCCACGAGAGGCUUCCUGUCGGCUGUUUGCCGCCGCCUUAUGCACCUCGAGACCAUCAGCGACCGCGCAGUACAGUUCUACGAGGUCAACCCGCAGCUUCAGCAACAGCAGCAGGACCCCGUCGCGGCGUCCGCCGCUGCCAGCCGCCCGCACCCGGCGCUGUACCAGGCCUACCUGAAGGUGCGCCGCGCCGUCUCCUCCAGCGUCGUCAAGGUGCAGGAGUUCGACAACCUCCUAAGCGCGUUGAGUAAGGACAUCCAAUCCGCUUACCAGGCGACCUUCUCGGGCCUCGUGGCGGCGGCCGUGAAGCCCCAGCAGGGCAACCUCACCGAGCAGCAGCAGCAGCAGCUCAACCAGCAGUUCAUCAAGAAGGCCCAGACGCACUGCGAGCUCGACAUGCUCCUGGGCGUGAGCCUGCCGCCAAGCUUCCGCAAGGUACUGCACAACUUCUUCAAGGUAACUCUGCCGGAGUUCCGCAAGCAGACGGACCCUGCGCAGCUGCACUUUGCCCCGCAUGACCUGCUCGAGGUGCAGGAAAAUCCGAGGAGCUUGGCGAUGAGGAAGGCGGCCAGGAAGUAUGUGGAUGUCUUCAAGCGGGUCGAGCUGGUCAUGGGGCGGCCGCCGCCCAAGCACGCGAGGGACGGACAGGAGAGUAGUAGUACUAGUACCUUUCUGCCGGUGAAGAGAACGGACAGCGGGGAGGAGGUGAACAACGGCCGAGGCAGUGACGGCGCCAAUGGAAGUAAUGGUCUGGAAUGGCGCCGCUGCGUGCGGUGUGCGUCGGUCAUGGAGGACAUCUGGGCUAACAGGCCCGGCUACAAUUUCGUGUUGGCACAGCAAAGGAAGUGCGCGUGCGGGGGGAGCUGGGGUGUAGUUCCUCGGGGGACUUAGGAUAUUAUCGCCCAGUUUUCCGCAUCUAGAUGACGACAUGCUCGAGAAAUCUAAUCUCAGCCGCAAUCUCAUUCUUCAUCUCUGAUGGCCUCCCCCGGCCGCACCCCCCCCCCCCCCUUUUUUUUUAUUUUUUUUAUUUUUUUUUU